GUAAAGAAAUAUAGGUUGUUUCCAAGACAACGACAAUUACAAAACAACCGCUGGAGCCAUGGGGCGAUUUGAACCCAGUUUCCUACACGUGGGUAAGUUCCAAGAUGGCGGCGAAAGGUAUUCGCUCAGUGUAUGGGAAACUUUCUCGCUUUGUACCGCCUAGAUUGUAUACAAGAAACUACUGUCAUCCAGUAACGGAAGAACAAUAUCUAUACCACCCAAUGGUGCGUCCCUUGGAACCAGAAGUGCAGACAAUUUCUUUAACAAAGACCUUAAACAUGGGGGACAUUUCAAGUUGCUUGCAAGACACAUCCAUUGACUCUGUCACCAGAGAAGAAAUGAUGGGAAAAUUCAAACAAAAUAUACUUCAGACAAGGCUUUUCAACUUUGAUGGAGACCAUGCAACAAGGGAUAUGGCUGCUAUGCCCCUGAUGCAAAAUAUGCUUAGGGUUGUGUGGAGUCAUGCUAAAUGCUUCCCAGGACUUAUGGAUACCUCUCUGACUUACAACCCUCAUGUCUCUGCAAAUUGGGAAAGGGAACACAAAAUACUGGUGUCUGGACACCUGGGCUUUUUGUUAUCCUCUAAAAUUCCUCUUAAGCAAGUAGCUGACAGAAAUGAGAUAGAAAAAAGCAAAGAAAUCCAGGUGGAAAAGCCUGAGAUAAUUUCUCCCGUAUUUCACUUUCCCCUAACAAGAAUCAGACCAAAGUUUGACACUGGCUUUCACAGUUCUAAGCCUUUUCCUUAUCCUCAUACCUUCAUCAUUGUCAGCGAGGAUACAAAGUGCUCAACAGGUCAAUUAAUUGGUCAAGGUAUCAUGUUUGUCUGUGCUCGGCUUGUUGCAGAAGCUGUGCAGAAUUACAAAUAUCAGCUGGGAGAUGAUUUGGAAAAGCCCCUAUCCAGCCAAUGCAUCAUCACUGAUGGAAUUCGACUCUCCUUUAUACACUAUCAGCUGAACACCUUAAGUUUUAAUGGUGAUGAAGGCAUCAAAAACAUGGCUUGGAUUAGCCCAGGGGUUUUUAUGUACAAAAAGGCCAUGUUUGAGGAUUUGGAAAAACCAGUUGCAGAAAAAACUGUUAAGGAAAGGAAAAGAUUUCGACGUCCAGUGACAAGUAAAGAUCCAGCAAAGCAUGAAAUAGUUUUGGAAGAGUUUAAUCCUGACUGCUUUGAAACAUUUGUGAAAAUGAUUGUAAAUGGAUGCAAAGCCAACUGACAAAAGUGGAGAGGAAAACCUGCUCAGAGUUGAUGAAAACAGUGUCUUGAGUGGAAACCCAAUACCUUUGUGAACCUUAUUUUGAAUUCUAUAACAAGACAGCCUGAAAACACAUUUAAAAAAGUAAAAAAUGCAGAAGGACUACUUUUGGCCAAAAUUAGGUGCAAUGUGUAUCUUGUCAUCCUGUGGAAAAAACUCUGCUCUUCCUAAAUAACCCACCUUUCAGUUUAUUCAAGGAAAUUUGUUAAAGCUGUCUUUCAAGAAGAAAACAGUCAAGACUUGUAUGAAUUUAUUGAUUAGUUAUGAGACUGAUACAUGCUGCAGAUGACAA